AUGCUGCGCCGUUGCGGGCCCAAAGCUGGCCGCCGGCUCAGAGGAGCUCCGAAAACGGGCGGCCUGCAGGCCGACUUCGUGGUGCUGUGCGCCGAUGCCGCAGAGCGCCACGCAAUGACUGAGGCUAUCGAGGCUUCGGUCAGACCUGGGGCUGGAGAGCGGUUUGCACAGGAGCUGGAGGCGCUCUCCGGCACAGCUGUGCGGGCUGAGGAUGUGCAUUGUGCCAUGGUCAAUAGGAUUUCCGGGAUGACUUCCCCGAUCUCGAAAAUGAUGCUGCGGAAGAAAAUUAGAUGGCUUCCCACUUUUCCGAAAGAGAGCACGUUUCCGUCUACUAUUUUCUACACUUCCCAGUGGAAUCUUGUUGAUGCUGCUAUGAAGUUACAGCGUAUCUUCAUUGAGCACAAAAUUGAAGAACAAGUCAACACACAUGUGCUGCGCAUUACUCCCGCUGAAUUUUGUGCGGCCUACACCGACAAGCAGCCAAUCUUUCGCAACGAAAUGAUCAGCAAAAACUGGGCUUUACCGCGUUUGUAUGCUCAAGGCAAGCCGCCACCUUGGAUUGCUCUGGUCAAUGACCUAAAAGUCAACCGCAUCCCGCUUGACAUCAAAGUUAAAUGCAUUACUCAGCUACCUCUUGACACGUGGAGUAAACUUACAGCUGAUUAA